CUGGAAGGUAAGAGACUUCUGCUGCCAUGAUCAAAAAACGCAAGGUUCGACCGCAGAAGUCGACUAUGAAACCCUGGGAUGACAGACACCACCUGAGCGAUUCGCAGAAUGAGUUGAAGCCCCGGCAACUGCGGCAAUACUUCUCUCGGCCUCAGUCUUUGCCGGAGCUCAGGAGCGACAUCUCGCAAAGGCCCAACUGCAAGGCCAUUUUAAAGAAGCUGGAUGCAGAUGAGGGUGCUUCAUCCAAUCUGGGAAAUUUAUGGAAAUUUGGUGACCUGUGUCCUAAGUGCCAGAACCCAUACCUUUUAGACACCCUGCACUGUCGUCGAUGUGGUACACAAAGAGUGCAAAUGCCUGCGCAACCGCAGUCGUUUCUUACCGCCGAUGCUGGACCUUCAUGUUGCCCCAUGCGACAUGCUCAGGGAGGGGAGAUGCUUGAUCGUGACGGUGUUCCUUGCCCCUGGAACAAUCGCUGGAGUGCUGGCAUUCACAUCCUGAAUGACUCUUGGUAUCUCUUGGCUUCUCGCUUUGAUCCCCAAAUUGUGGAUUUUGUACAGUUGACUGGCAGCCUUCCGUAA